CGAACCGAAUCAAUUCCUCCACUACCAUCGCUCCCUCAAAUCCCUACUUAGAGAGGCCGAACGAGCAGAAACCACAGAAAUGGCAGCGCUGCAGAAAUUCAAGCUAUUGGCCACACAAUGCGCUACGGCAAGAAGUCCUUCCAGAGCCCCAUCUGCCGCCGCCGCUUCCGGCGGCGGUAGCCCUGGAUUUCGACUCCGCCGUCGCAAAACCCUAAGAAUGCUCCUCGGGCGCCGGAAAAGCUACUCGGCAGUGGAGCCGUCUGAUCUACCGGGAAAGAGAGGGACGCUACGUGAUCUAUUCGUCUCAUCUCCGCCGCUGACGCCGGACAGAUGCGAAGCCGGAGGCAGAAAUGAGGUCGAGUGCGGCGGAGAAGUCGGGGGAGCCAUGAGAUGCGAGAGGGAGGUGGAUGGAGUGUGGAGGAGACUGGGUAUGGAUUUGCUCGCCGGCGGUGGGCGGCGCGGUUUCAUGCGAUUCGGAACGCGGGGGCUUCGACACCGGUUGUUGCGGCGGACCUGGCGGCCGGUUUUGGUUACCAUACCGGAGUGAACACCUUUGGCUUAUUUGAUUGAACUUUGUGGCUGUUUCUACUACUUUGAUGUUCGUGUUUGUAAUUGUAAAUAUUUUGCCAUUUGGCUUGAAGGGAGGUGAUGUGCUUUUGGAGUUUUAAA